UGUGACAUUUAUUUCUAUGUCCCUGAAAGAGAGACGUGGGAGGAGUGCGCUCACAGAGAGGUGUUAGAGGAAGCAGGGGUGCAUUUGGUGAACAUCCGCUUUGCAUCAGUGGUGAACUCCAUCCGCCUGGAGGAUCAGUACCACUACGUCACUAUAAUCAUGCAAGGAGUACUGGACAGGAAGAAGUCAGGAGAGCCAGAGAACAUGGAGCCGGAGAAGAACGAGGGUUGGACAUGGACACAGUGGGACCAGUUUCCUCCAGAGGAUCAGCUCUUCUUGCUGCUAACCGGUCUGAGACAACAGGGCUUUCACCCAUUCAGGACCACAGUAACAAACACUGAGCCAUGAAACUGCUGUUACACU